UAUUUCCUUCAAACAGUGUGAGCUAAAAACAGAGUUUGAAGAUGAUACUGAAGAGAUAGAUCACCAAGCAUUUUUCAUUUUUGGAAUCACAAAUAAAAAGAGGGAAAAUUCAAAUCCAUUUUCAAUUCCCUUUAUUUUCAUUUUCAUUUUCAAUUCCGAUUAAAUAAAUAUUCAAUUUCAAUUUUAUGAAUUUCCAAAUCACAAAUUCAACUCCCACCGGUUGCAGAUUAUUACAAUUUUUAUAAAAUAAUUCUCCACCAUCGUCAUCAUCCUCAUCAUAAUACUCACUGUAUUCACUCAACCCCUCUCUCUAUAUAUAUACACACACACACAUAUAUAUCAUUUCUUAUCCUUCACCCCUACUCCGUCUUCAUGGCGCACGAUAGCAACCGCAACCUCCCUUGCGACGGCGAUAACCGCUGCAUGAUAUGCAAACUCACACCGCCACCGGAAGAAACUCUCACCUGCAAAACCUGCGUCACACCAUGGCACCUCAACUGCUUAUCCGUUCGUCCCCAAACCCUAGCCGAAGCUACACAAUGGGAGUGUCCAGACUGUUCUAACCUCAUUUCCUCUCACGCGCCGCCGUCGACCGUCACAUCGGGAUCUGAACAAUCCGAUUCGCUGAUUGCGGCAAUUCGCGCCAUCGAGUCCGAUGAUUCACUCUCCGAUCAGGAUAAGGCCAAGCGACGUCAGCAAUUGUUGAGUGGUGGAGGAUCCGGUGACGGUGAUACGGCGAUUGAUGACGGUAACGGUAACGGUAACGAGAUCGGUUCCGGCGGAGAUAACGAUGUUUUGAAGCUUAUUAGCGGUAGCUUUAAUUGCUCGUUUUGUAUGCAGUUACCGGAGAGACCUGUUACGACGCCCUGCGGUCACAACUUUUGUCUGAAGUGUUUUGAGAAAUGGGUCGGCCAGGGAAAACGUACUUGUGCCAUAUGUCGAACUGCCAUUCCUCCGAAAAUGGCAAGUCAGCCUCGUAUCAACUCGUCACUCGUAACUGCUAUCAGAAUGGCAAAGAUGACGAAAUCGAAUACUUCUUCUGGACCAUCUAAACCCUAUUAUUCUGUGACAAAUCAAAACAGACCAGAUAAAGCAUACACCACUGAGCGGGCUAAGUAUUCCGGGAAGGCUAAUGCAUGCAGUGGAAAGAUAUUUGUGACCGUUCCACCUGAUCAUUUUGGCCCGAUUCUUGCAGAGAAUGAUCCGGAAAGAGGAACCGGAGUUCUUGUUGGAGAAACUUGGGAGGAUCGUAUGGACUGUAGACAAUGGGGGGCCCAUCUUCCUCAUGUUUCCGGGAUAGCUGGACAGUCGGAUUAUGGUGCACAAUCUGUGGCGUUAUCUGGUGGAUAUGAAGAUGAUGAAGAUCACGGAGAGUGGUUUCUCUACACAGGAAGUGGCGGAAGAGAUUUAAGUGGGAAUAAAAGGACGAACAAGACACAGUCGUUUGAUCAAAAGUUUGAGAAAUCUAAUGAAGCCUUACGGGUUAGCUGCAGAAAAGGCUACCCAGUACGUGUCGUUAGGUCACACAAAGAAAAGCGGUCUGCUUAUGCACCUGAGAAAGGAGUACGGUAUGAUGGGAUUUACAGGAUUGAAAAAUGCUGGAGGAAACCUGGAAUCCAAGGAUUCAAGGUAUGUCGGUAUCUUUUUGUUCGUUGUGAUAACGAUCCUGCUCCAUGGACAAGCGAUGAACAUGGUGAUCGUCCAAGACCUUUACCUUCCAUUGAAGAGCUGAAAAACGCAACAGACGUAACAGAGAGAAAGGGCACUCCAUCUUGGGAUUAUGAUGAGCAAAAAGCUUGUUGGUUGUGGAAAAAACCUCCACCAGAAAGUAGAAAACAUGCUAAUAAUGAAGGUGUUGAGGAUGGCAACGGCAGCAGUUCAAGAAAAUCCCGUCGUAAAACCCAAAUGUCUGUGAGUGAACGGCUCCUUAAAGAGUUCUGCUGCCCUAUCUGCCACAAAGUGAUGACUCAGCCGCUUACUACUCCCUGUGCACACAAUUUUUGCAAGUCCUGUUUGCAGGAUGCCUUCGCGGGCCAAACUUUUAUGAAGGCUAGAACAUGUGAAGGUAGACGUACUUUACGGGCCAAGAAAAACAUCAUGAAAUGUCCAUCAUGCCCUCAUGACAUUUCUGAAUACCUUCAGAAUCCACAGGUGAAUAGAGAAUUGAUGAGUGUGAUAGAAUCACUUCAGAGGCAGACCAAAGAAACGGAGGAAAAUGCAGUUUCGGGUGAGGAAACAUCGAAUUCAGAUCAGAAAAAUGACGACAUUAACGAUGAGAAUCCCGAGACUGAGGUAAUGAAUCUGGAAGUUGGCGAACCUGGAAUAGAAGUUAUGCAGGAUUUGAAACGGAAAAAAUCUGGAGAUCAGAAAAAUGACGACGUUAAAGAUGAGAAUCCCGAGACUGAGGCAAAUAACAUGAGUAUGGAAGUUGGCGAAUCGGGAAUAGAAGUUAUGAAGGAAGGAUUUGAAGCGGAUCAAAUCUGAUGAUGGUGAUGAUGAUGUCAAUGAUGAUUCUGCGCGAGUUAACUUGACUAUAUACAUAUGUGUGUGUGUGUGUGGGCGUGUGUGUAUGUGCAUAUUAUAUGUUUUGUUUUUGGUUCAAAGAGGAGUUUUAGGAAGUAUGGCGUAUAACGUAUCUUAUAAUACUAUUUUGGCAACAAAUAUAUAAAAUAUAUGGGCUUAUGUA